AUGGCUGAGAAAACCGCACGCCAUGCAGCCGACGCCGCUGCAGCUUCUGCUGCAAGGGCGUCGGAAAGUUCAGCGCAAAAGCGCACAAGGCGGCAACGCGAUGCAAUUUCAACUUCCGCUGCUAGAGCUGUAGAAGGACCUACUGAAAGGCUUGAAAGGUUGCAGACUGUUAACCAGCUCCGCCAUGCACAGCGAGGGCUCUGUAGCCCACCAAAGCAGUUUUGGUUUAAGCUGGCGUUCAACUAUGAUCCAGUUUUGAGGCUUUCCGGUCGCAAAGACCUCCAAAUAGGAUCAAUGUCAGUUGUCUGUGGGCAUUGCAAUGCCAAAAAAUGGCCUGGGGAGUCUGCAGGUUUGUGUUGUUCAGACGGUAAGAUACAGUUGGCACCUUUUCAAGAGCUACCUGCUCCGUUGAAAGCUCUGUUGGAGGGUUCCAGUCUAGACUCGAAACAUUUCCUCGCAAAAAUCAGACAAUACAAUUGUGCCUUCCAGAUGACCUCUUUUGGUGGUAAUGCCUUCCGCGAAGUCGGUUGGAAUCCCACCUUCAAAGUUCAAGGUCAGGUUUACCACCGGAUUGGGUCUCUUUUGCCGGAAACUGCCACUGAUUCGGCCUUUCUACAAAUAUACUUCAUAACUGACUACAAUCAACAGGCAGAUGCCCACAUGGGCAUUAUUCCCGAGAACGAUACAGGCCAGCACAAUCAUCCUCGCAGAGAUAUCAUAAUGAGUCUCCAACAAAUGCUCCACGAGAUAAACAACUAUGUCCGCAGUUUUAAGUUCCCCAUCCACGAACGCUUCCCAGCAAUCGUUCAGCUUGCUGUGCACCUAGAAAACGACGAACUUCGUUAUUUUUCUGCGGAUACAGCAAUGGAUGUGGCUGCGCGUACCAAAGACACAACGCUUAGAGCAUUCUUCAAACUUGGUCGGCAGGACGAGUUUGCUAGGACUCUACUGUACCCAGACGUGCCUCCAUACUACGUGUGGACAGCUGGGCUCGGCGGAAGUGCGGGGCCAACAUCGAGGGCUAGGCAGGCGUCAAAAAAGACGCCACACUCGGAAGGGUAUUCACGGUUCCCCCAUCGCGACAGGAAUGUUUUUACUUGCGACUCUUUUUGCACGAAGUUAGUGGUCCAACGAGCUACAAUAACUUACGGACGGUUAAUGGAGUUUUAUGGGACACUUUUCGUGAGACCUGCGCCACCUCUUCAUCACAAUCUUACAAAUGUGCGAACCCAGUAA